UGCCUCCCUCCCUGUCUGUCUCUCAGAGCAGCUCUGCCUUCGGUCGCUGUUUUCUUCUCCUCAGCCUGCUGGCUUUCAGCACCGGCAGCGAUGCAGAGGAAGCACACGGAGGCGGCUCUAACGUCAAACUCCACUCGUUAGUGAGCCGCAUUAAUUCAUGUUACUCUUUAUUUACUUCCGUUGUAAUAAUCCCGGGGCUGCGGGGGAUGGUGUCGCCUUCUGAAGCCGGAUAGUCAGACGCAGAGGCCGGGGCGGCAGGGACGGUUAGCUGGCUGGGGUUAACGCCAGGGCUCCUCGGUGAAACUCGGCCUCCGUGAAGGAUUUUAUCGGGACAUUUUGUGGGAAUUGGGGACGUCUCUGAACUCGUUCUCCCGGCUGUGCUGGUGGACUGUGUUUGGCGUUGGGUGCCCUCGGUGCCGGAUGCCUUGGAGGCCCGGAGGAGCUCAGACUGCGGAGACCCGGAGCAGUGCCCGGACACCGGGGAAGAAGAGCAGUUUUCCUUGAGUUCCUACAUGUGACUCGACGUUCAUCACACGAGUGGCCGACUGUGUGUUGAACACAAGUCUUGUUCAGUGUGUCUGUCUGACUGAUUGGACCCCAACAAGUCAGCCCCUCACACCAUGAACCCUCUGAACCAGAUGAAGGCUGGACUGGCCAACAACCCACACAGUGAGGGCUCGUACCCCUAUGACCCCUCAAGCUGGCAGCAGCCCACCAAUCAGCCCACAGGAUCCCUCUCCGUGGUUACCACUGUCUGGGGAGUGACCAAUCCCUCGGCCAGCCAGGGUCUGGGUGGAGGCGUGAUGGGGCCUGGGGCCAACCCGGGUGGGGGGCCAAUGAUGCAGGGCCCCGGGGGUCCGGGCAUGGCCGGUGGGCCCGGAGGCUACAUGGGACAGCAGGGCUACGGAGAGCCCAGCAAGGGCUACAUGAGCCAGGGCAUGUACGGGCGGACGACUGGGGGCUACGCUGGAGGCCCGGGGGGGUACACAGGGAGUUACCCGUCCAAUCCCGGAGGCUCCAGAGGGUCAGCUGACUUUACUCAGGCUGCCGCUGCCGCCGCCGUCGCUGCUGCUGCCGCCACGGCCACAGCCACGGCCACAGCAACCGUCGCCGCCAUCCAGGAGAAGCAAAACCAGGAACUGAACUACGGACAGAUGGGAGGUCCAGCCUAUAACAACCAGUUCAUGGCCCACUCUGGCCCCCGCGGCCCCCCUGGCAUGGCUCCUGCAGGUAUGGGCCCUGGGCCUGGACCUACUAGGGCUCCCCCCUCUAUGGGCCCUAUGUAUGGAGGCGGCCCCCAGAGGGUUCCUCAGCACCCAAACUAUGGCCCCGGACCUCAGCAAGGCCACCUGAGGCCCCCACAGGGCCUCAAACGGCCCUACAGCUCUGAGUCUUUCCCGGGAAUGUCUCAGCAGUACGGCGUUGGUUCUGGUGUCAGCGUGAUGUCAGGUCCUGGUGGUGCCGGCGGUUCAAUUCCAGGUUCAGGAGGAGGAGGCGGCCAUGCCGGACCCGGCCCGUAUUCUGGCCCCAACAUGCAGUACCAUCCAGGACCAGGUGGUCCAGGCCCAGCCCCACAGCGCUCAGGCUCCUCCCCCUCAUAUCAGAGCCAUAAGAUGCCCCUCCCCCAGUAUCCCCCCUCUGGACCUGCCAACUCUCAGUACUACAAGCAGGAGUUUAACGGUCAGGGUGGAGGUUUAAACGCUCUGACAACAGGGGGCAGCGCUGGCGUCUACAACUCCUUCAACCAGCCAUCCGGGCCUGGUCGAGGGUUGCCAGGUUACCCCUCCUCUCCUGUUCCUGGAAACCCGACCCCGCCCAUCACCCCCAGCAGCUCCAUGGCCCCACCUUACAUGUCGCCUGGCAACAGUGACGUGAAGCCGACGCCCUCUUCCUUCCUGCCUGACAUCAAGCCCAAUAUGGCCGGCCUGCCCCCUCCUCCUCCCACAGGUAACCCCAGCGACGACCUGCGGCUGACCUUCCCGGUGCGUGACGGUGUGGUCCUAGAGCCCUUCAGAUUAGAGCACAACCUGGCUGUCAGUAACCACGUCUUCCAGCUGCGAGAGUCCGUCUACAAAACACUCAUCAUGAGACCAGACCUGGAGCUCCAGUUCAAGUGUUACCACCACGAGGAUCGACAGAUGAACACCAACUGGCCCGCCUCCGUCCAGGUGAGUGUGAAUGCGACUCCUCUCACCAUUGAGCGAGGUGACAACAAAACUUCCCAUAAGCCUUUGUACCUGAAGCACGUCUGUCAGCCAGGCAGGAACACCAUCCAGAUCACCGUCACCGCCUGCUGCUGCUCUCACCUGUUCGUGCUUCAGCUGGUUCAUCGUCCGUCGGUGCGUUCGGUGCUGCAGGGCCUGAUGAAGAAGAGGCUGCUGCCCGCCGAGCACUGCGUCACCAAGAUAAAGAGGAACUUCAGCAGCGGUUCGAUCCCCGGGAAUCCCGGGUUAAACGGAGAGGACGGCGUGGAGCAGACCGCCAUCAGAGUCUCGUUAAAAUGUCCCAUCACGUUCCGCCGCAUCCAGCUGCCCGCCAGAGGUCACGACUGCAGACACAUACAGUGUUUUGAUCUGGAGUCAUACCUGCAGCUCAACUGUGAGAGAGGAACAUGGAGGUGCCCCGUGUGCAAUAAAACAGCUCUGUUGGAAGGCCUCGAGGUGGAUCAGUACAUGUUGGGGAUCCUCAUCUACGUUCAGAACUCGGAGUACGAGGAGAUCACCAUCGACCCGGUGUGCAGCUGGAAGCCGGUUCCCGUGAAGCCGGACCUCCACGUGAAGGAGGAGCCCGACGGGCCCGUGCUGAAGCGCUGCCGGACGCUCAGCCCCAGUCACAUGGUCAUGCCCAGUGUCAUGGAGAUGAUCGCAUCACUAGGCCCCGCCCCUUCCUCUGCUGCCUCGUCCUCUCCGAUGCCCUACCCCUCCCUGCCUGCAGGGGGCAGCAGUAACAGCAGCAACACGCCGGACUACCCCGGACCAGCUCCGUCCUAUCCCAGUCAGUCCACUGGCUUCUCAGACUUCACUGGUCCUGGGACUCCGGGGGUUGGGGGGGACUUCUCCUCCCCCGGUCCUCCUCCUCUGUCCUAUCAGUCUGAGCUGUCCAGUGCCCUCCUCACCCCCGACAAACCUCCCCCACACCAACUGGCUGGACAGAUGUCAGUCUCGGGCCGUCUGGACUCCACUUCCCAUGGUGCUUCUCUCUCCCAGCAGCAGUCACAGGGUCUCCUCGGCAACUCCCACCUUGGGGGCAGCAACCAGAUGAUGCAGCGUAGCAACCAGAAUCCCCGUCUCCAAGGCGACGGCUCAUUCAGUCUCGGGGGGUCCGCGGAGGUUCCAGAGCCGACUUUGGAUUUGCUCCCUGAGUUGACCAACCCGGAUGAGUUGCUGUCCUACCUCGGACCUCCAGACCUCCCAAACAACAACAACAAUGACGACCUGCUGUCCCUCUUCGAGAACAACUGAACACAGACACACACAUACACACACACACACACACCUCCAGAACUGAAAAGACUUUGCUGUAAAAUACAAACCGUCUCCUCGGCCGCCAACAUGGCCGCCGCGUGCUCAGUGCGGAGCACACGAAAGCCAACCUUUAAAUACGAGAAGUCUUUGUGUGGCCGUGACCUCGAUGGUGACUUCAUUUUAUUGAUUUUUAUUAUUCUCGCAAA